AUGUUAGCCUCACGAAAGCGCGCGUCUUCACCUGUCGAGGCGGACCAGAAGAAACCGAGGGAGAAGGCCCGUACAAGACCCAACCCAAAGGAGGCCGUCAAAAAAGAUGUUGGGACUUGCUCAAUGGACAAGAAGCAGAUUGGAGACCGCGUCAAAGCAGCACUGGCUUUGAACAAGUACGCGCUCAACCGGACAGUCAUAAAUAAACGCGCAAAGCUAACACUUGACAGCUCCAAAUAG